GGCGGCUCCAGGACGUCCAGGUGGCCGCGGCGGAAGGGCCUGUUUCUCCAGGACUCGAGGGUCUGCGGCCCGCGGAAGAAGUACGGCUCUCUUACCGCGGGGCUCCGUCCCGAGAACUGAUCGAGGCUGUGAUUGGGAGCCAGACACUCUUGCGGCCGCAACCCGGGCGUGCACCCGGUCGGGAGCCGCGGAUCCCCGAGCUUCUCCAAGAUGAGGAGCAGGAGCAAUUCUGGGGUCCGCUUGGAUGGAUACGCGCGACUUGUGCAACAAACCAUCCUGUGUUACCAGAAUCCUGUCACGGGGCUGCUGUCAGCCAGUCAUGAGCAGAAAGAUGCCUGGGUUCGCGAUAACAUCUACAGCAUCCUCGCUGUGUGGGGCCUGGGCAUGGCCUACCGCAAGAACGCUGACCGUGAUGAGGACAAGGCCAAGGCCUACGAGUUGGAGCAGAACGUGGUGAAACUGAUGCGGGGCCUGCUCCAGUGCAUGAUGAGACAGGUGGAUAAAGUGGAGAAGUUCAAGCACACUCAGAGUACCAAGGACAGCCUGCACGCCAAGUAUAACACAGCCACCUGCAGCACUGUGGUCGGGGACGACCAGUGGGGCCACCUCCAGGUCGAUGCCACCUCCCUUUUCCUACUGUUCCUGGCACAGAUGACUGCUUCUGGUUUGCGUAUUAUUUUCACCCUGGAUGAGGUGGCCUUCAUACAGAACCUUGUUUUUUACAUAGAAGCUGCAUAUAAAGUUGCUGACUAUGGCAUGUGGGAACGUGGAGAUAAGACUAACCAGGGCAUUCCAGAAUUGAAUGCAAGCUCUGUGGGAAUGGCCAAGGCAGCACUUGAGGCAAUUGAUGAACUGGAUCUCUUUGGAGCCCACGGAGGACGCAAGUCUGUGAUCCAUGUCCUGCCUGAUGAAGUGGAGCACUGCCAGUCUAUUUUGUUCUCUAUGCUUCCAAGAGCAUCGACGUCCAAAGAGAUUGACGCUGGCCUUCUUUCCAUUAUCUCCUUCCCGGCUUUUGCAGUGGAAGAUGUGAACCUGGUGAAUGUGACCAAAAAUGAAAUUAUUUCCAAGCUCCAGGGGCGUUACGGAUGCUGCCGCUUCCUCCGAGAUGGCUAUAAGACCCCACGAGAGGAUCCAAACCGAUUGCAUUAUGACCCCGCUGAACUCAAGCUCUUUGAAAACAUUGAAUGUGAGUGGCCUGUGUUCUGGACGUAUUUCAUAAUAGAUGGGAUCUUCAAUGGUGACGCCGUUCAGGUCCAGGAAUACCGAGAGGCCCUGGAGGGAGUGCUCAUAAGAGGCAAGAAUGGGAUCCACCUGUUGCCAGAGCUCUACGCCAUCCCACCCAGCAAGGUAGACGAAGAGUAUAAGAAUCCUCACACGGUGGACAGAGUUCCCCUGGGGAAGCUGCCCCAUCUGUGGGGACAGUCCUUGUACAUCCUCAGCUCGCUGUUGGCGGAGGGAUUCCUUGCCACUGGUGAAAUCGAUCCCUUAAACAGAAGGUUUUCCACUUCCGUCAAACCUGAUGUCGUGGUGCAAGUUACAGUUCUGGCAGAAAACAGUCACAUUAAGGAGCUGCUGAGGAAACAUGGGCUGGACGUGCAGAGUAUUGCCGACAUCCACCCAAUCCGCGUCCAGCCAGGCCGGAUUCUUAGUCACCUCUAUGCCAAGCUUGGACAGAAUAAGAAUCUGAAAUUGAGUGGACGACCUUAUCGGCACAUCGGCGUUCUUGGGACAUCUAAACUAUAUGUGAUUAGGAACCAAAUCUUUACUUUCACACCCCAGUUCACUGACCAGCAUCACUUCUACCUGGCCCUGGACAACGAGAUGAUGGUGGAGAUGCUGAGGAUCGAGCUAGCGCACCUGUGCACCUGCUGGCGGAUGACGGGCAGACCCACACUCACCUUCCCCGUCACCCACACCAUGCUCAUAAAUGAUGGCUCAGACAUUCAUGCUGCAGUUCUUUCUACAAUUAGGAAACUAGAGGAUGGAUAUUUUGGAGGAGCUAGAGUAAAAUUAGGAAGGCUUUCCGAAUUUCUCACCACAUCUUUCUACACCUAUCUGACAUUCCUGGAUCCAGACUGUGAUGAGAAGUUGUUUGAUGAUGCGAGUGAAGGGAGCUUCAGUCCUGAUAUGGAUUCAGAUUUGGGAGGAUAUUUGGAAGACGUAUAUAAUCAAGGUAAUCAAGAAAACCAGGACGAGCUUGACCAGUAUAUCAACCACCUAAUGCAGAGCACAUCCUUGAAGUGCUAUCUGCCCCCUCUUUGUAAGAAGACAGAAGACAGCCAUGUUUUCAGUGCCAUCCACUCCACUCGGGAUAUACUUUCCAUGAUGGCAAAAGCAAAGGGUUUGGAAAUUCCAUUUGUUCCCAUGACUUUGCCAACCAAAGUUCUAAGUGCCCACCGCAAAUCGCUGAAUCUUGUUGAUUCUCCUCAGCCACUCCUAAAAAAGGGCCAGGCUCCAGGAGAUGACCUCCAGUGGCCCAGAGACGACCACGGGGACUUGGACUGUGAGAAGCUGGUCGAGCAGCUUAAAGAUUGUUCGAAUCUACAGGACCAAGCAGAUAUUUUGUACAUUCUGUAUGUAAUAAAGGGUCCCAGCUGGGACACGAAUCUCUCCGGACAGCACGGGGUCACCGUUCACAACCUACUCAGCGAGCUCUAUGGGAAAGCAGGCCUGCAUCAGGAGUGGGGUUUGAUUCGCUACAUCUCAGGCCUGCUCAGGAAGAAGGUGGAGGUCCUGGCUGAGGCCUGCACCGACCUGCUGUCCCACCAGAAGCAGCUCACUGUGGGCCUGCCCCCCGAGCCCCGGGAGAAGACCAUUUCCGCGCCCCUUCCCCCAGAGGAGCUCACGAAACUCAUCUACGAAGCCAGUGGGCAGGACAUCAGCAUCGCUGUCCUCACCCAGGAGAUCGUGGUUUACCUGGCCAUGUACGUCAGGGCCCAGCCCAGGCUCUUCGUGGAGAUGCUUAGACUCCGGAUCGGGCUGAUCAUUCAGGUGAUGGCCACGGAACUGGCACGGAGCCUGAACUGUUCAGGAGAAGAAGCUUCUGAAAGUUUGAUGAACCUCAGCCCGUUUGACAUGAAAAAUCUCUUGCACCAUAUUCUAAGUGGAAAAGAAUUUGGUGUUGAAAGAAGCAUGCGGCCUAUACAUUCCUCCACCUCCAGCCCUGCCAUCUCCAUCCAUGAGGUGGGACAUACUGGAGUCACCAAAACCGAGAGGAGUGGCAUUAACAGACUAAGGAGUGAGAUGAAGCAGAUGACCAGGCGAUUUAGUGCUGAUGAACAGUUCUUCCCUGUGAGCCCAGCCGCGGCCAGCAGCAUGUACUCCUCCAAGUCCGCGAGGUCCAGCACUCCAUCCUCACCCACUGGCACAUCAUCGACAGACUCAGGUGGCCAUCACAUUGGCUGGGGGGAGCGGCAGGGCCAGUGGCUUCGCAGGAGAAGGCUGGAUGGGGCCAUCAACAGGGUCCCCGUUGGGUUCUACCAGAAGGUGUGGAAGAUUCUUCAGAAGUGCCACGGUCUGUCCAUCGAUGGUUAUGUGCUUCCUUCUUCGGCAACACGAGAGAUGACCCCGCAGGAGAUCAAGUUCGCUGUCCAUGUGGAGUCGGUGCUGAACCGUGUGCCCCAGCCAGAGUACCGGCAGCUGCUGGUGGAGGCCAUCAUGGUGCUGACGCUGCUCUCGGACACGGAGAUGAACAGCAUCGGGGGCAUCAUCCACGUGGACCAGAUCGUGCAGACGGCCAACCAGCUGUUCCUGCAGGACCAGAUGUCGAUGGGAGCCAUGGACACCCUGGAGAAAGACCAGGCCACGGGCAUUUGCCACUUCUUUUAUGACAGUGCCCCGAGCGGGGCUUAUGGGACAAUGACCUAUCUGACAAAGGCAGUGGCUUCUCAUUUGCAGGAAUUACUGCCGAAUUCAGGCUGCCAGAUGCAAUAGGUCCUCAGCACUCUGGUCCUCUAGCCCUGCUAGGAACUUCCUUCUGUUCCCCGAGACCCCCUGUGCUGUCACUGAAGCAUGUACCAUCAGAAGCACUGGCAGGGAGGAGAUGGCCACCAGUAACCUGAAGCCAGUGUAUGUCUGUGCCACAGAAAGAGCCCUACUUCCUCUGCUCCCCCAAGGAGCACCACAGAUCAUUGUCUGGGUUCAUGUUGCUGGGACAUUUGUCACAGCAUCUGGUCUCCUGGAGUCUGAGGAGGAAUUGGAAAUUGGUCUCUUUCGCAUGAGAGUGAACUGAGAAGCCAGCUUAAAUUGGCUCUUGCAGAGUGUUAACCAAAAUAGGCUCGAUGAGCUAGUGACACAUCUUAAUGAUGAAACAUCCUUCCAGCAGCAGCAGCAGCAGCAGCAGUAAGACGAGUGGACCUUGACAAGGGGGACAUCUUCACAGGAUACAGUCUGUCUGCGAACCAAACCGUUUACCAAAUAGAACAACUUUAUCUUUCUGUGAAAUUGGGGGUUUCUCAUACCUUGCUUUCUUGGCCUCCUGUUGCUUUCUUGGCAGAACUAUUUUCCAGUGACAUAAUUCUAACCCAGAUUUAGGACAUUGCUCCCAGUUAACUUUGGCUCAUGGUCUUCAAGGAUUUCAUCCUCACUGCCCAUAAACUCGGAGUUUCUGUUUCAGAAACCAACCGCACAUCUGAAAUCUAGUGUGCCUGCACAUACACACAAAUUAAAGGGGAAGCCAGCUAUUCCUGUGACUGGACCAAGUGUGUGUGCAACUGGGACAGGGAGGGGAGUCCCUCUGGAAGGUCUGUGCUGCCCGGCCUGCCCCUCUCCCCACCCCCACAUGGGGUGACCACCCUGGCAGGCUCUGGGGGAGCCACAUGAUGAGUCUGUGGCCCCAGAUGCUUUGGAAAUGAGUGUGUGCUCACACAGCAGCAAUGCUCCCCUUUUUGUGAUAGAGCCUAGCCAGGGCCCCCAGCCCUUCUGGAAGGCUGCUGUGGUUGGAUGGUAGAGGAGCAAGGGCAAAUCCCAACCACACAGGGCCUCCCCCGUCUGUGGCCAGUGUCCUGGUGAGUGCUGUUUCUCUCAGGCAUCAUCUGACCCGGGGUGGGGUGUGGACAAUAGGGGGACAGUUUCUGUGAAUAAUGGGCUUUGAAGCACAGAGGGCCACUGGGGACCAUAUGCUGAGCUCCAGCUAGUGGACAGUGAUGGGUUAAAAUUUUGGGGUCCCUCUGCCCAGGGGACACUGGAGUUUUGCCGGGAAGUGUUCAUGCAGGUGGGAAAAGCCGAGGCUCUGGCUUCUUGGAGGGGACGUCUGGGUACCUGGAGCCCCUCAGAGUCGAGAUGCAGUACUGACAGCUUUUCUGGAGCAGGGCGCCCUGUGUUCCUGCUGCUUUCUGCUAAAAGUCCCUCUUCACUCCAAACCAAAUACUUCACUUUGCCCUGGGAGACAGUGAGAACGCAGGUGCGGUGUUCUGUGGGCUGGGACAGACAGCAUGUGGGACUUGGCACCUUUUUUCCCUACCUGAACCACAGUCCUGUCCCAGCGAGGUGUAGAGUCGUUCCAUGAAGUGAAACCUCCAUUUCUGCCCCCGUGACUCCCGCGUCCCCCCAUUUCCCCAAGCCCUUCUUUCCCACUCCUCCCUCUCUCAUCAAUGUCAGUGCUAAGACCUUUCUCCCCAGGGGACUAGAUCCUUUCCUCCUUCCUUGGCUGACACUAUUUGCACACUUUCUCUGUGUCAUUUGUGGGGAGGCAGAGGUGAAGGAGAUGGGUCCACAGUCCAGGACCAUAGGCCAAGGAAGGCCGAUGUGAAAAGAUGGCCUUGCUUGUGGGUUAGAAGCCCAACAAGGGGGGGCAGGCACCAAAAACAGUGUGGGUGUCCUGGCCUACAGCUCCUGCCCACGCAGCACAUAGCAUGGCCUGGUACCGUGCCCGCCACUCCUGCAGUGCCCCGAGCCUUCCAGCUGGUGCCCCUCUUCCCUGGAAAGCCUAUUUGCUUCCAUGUGCCUCUAGGGAUCCUGGGGUCACACAGCCAUCCAGGUUUUGCAGUAGCAUUUCCAUAAGUAUUUCGGGGGUCCUUAAGACAUGACAUAAACAAGUCUCAGAGAAUUCACCUGAUAGGCUCCCUGUUGGAUCACUUUGAGCACAGAUAAUGUAAGAAAGGUACAAGCCACAGAAGUCCUGGUUGCUUCUUGGGCGAAGACUCUACAAGAGUUACAGCCCUCCAAAACGAGGCAGGCUCUAAUUUAGCACAAUCACCUGCCUGUGGAUGACGUGCAAAGCCACAGAUGCUGUGUUUGGGCUCACCAGCCGAGAAGCUGGCCGGGAUAAGAGCCAUAAUAAGCAAUUCAGCUGAGCCUUCCAUUCACUCUUUUGAAGGCUCUUUCAAAUGAAACCCUGAAAUAGUGCCGCACUUCCAUUGGCGUCAAGCUGUCAGCUUCAAAGAAGGAGAACAGGUUUCUGAGGCUUGAUCCCUUCUGCGAGCUGCUGAGGCCCACACAGAGAAGAGGAAAAGCUUUGGGGGAUGCAGGGGCGGGCGGUAGAGGCCCUGUCCUGCCACCAUCCUGCCUGGUGGGCCAGGUUUCCAGGCUAGAGGAAAAGCCCCAUAGCCCCUAGAGCCUCUGGUCUGGGCCUGCUCCUCCUCCACGCCAGAGGCCAGGGGAGAGAAUGCUCUUUCCUGUCUGCACGGACAGAAUGUCCAGCUUGGACCUCUGCUGGGCCCCAGGGAGUGGAGGGUGAAUGCCUGUCCUGUCUUGGAGCCAGGAACAAAUAAAUGAAGCCAUGGGGCCUGGUCUUGGCCCAGAUGAACACAGCAGCAAGGAGGAAGGUUCUGUCUCUGGGUCACAUUGGCCUUCCUUGCUGGAACUGACACUAGCAGCUGUGAGCCUCUGUGUGCCUCAGUUUUCCCAUCUGUAAAAUGUGCAAGAGGGUGGCUGAUGGCACAGGAGGAAGCGUGGGAGUCACAGGUUCUCCCCCCCCCCCCACUCCACUCCAGAGGCUUCCCCAUCACAGGAAGUCAGCUGUGUUCUAUGGUAGCCUGGGGCUGGGGCACGGGGGAGAUGCUCACAGUCAGGCCAGGGUCUCCCGGGGUAGAUGUCUGUCAGGAGGGCAGUUGGAGGGCCUGUGGCUCUUCUGGAUGUGGCGCAGGGAAGGUGGGAUGGGUGCGCAUUAGCCGCCUGGAGAGAGGAUGUAAAGACUCCCUGUGUAAAAAAAGAAAAGUCAAAAAGACCAGAAGAUCAGGAGGAGAGAAACUGUUAGUUGAUUGAUGCCACUUAUUUCUGGACAAGAAGCAACCAGGAGGCUCGGCCUCCCUUGAUGUCAAUUACAGCAGCUCCAUUUCUGUUCUCUUGGCUUGCGCCGUCUGGCAAAUAGCCUUUGUCUUCUCUGCUUCCUUGUCAAAGGGUACAAAAGCCUCCCACCCCCACUCUGGUGCCAUUAUCUUUCAAGGUGACUCUUAUGCUUUUGAAGUCCCUGCCAUCUGUUCUGUGUGGCUGUGCACUCUGCCUGUUCCCAGAAUGCCGUCUGUUCUCCCAGAAUUGGCCGCUGACAGCUCUGACAGGGGAAAGUGAAGCCACAAUGUCACCCUUUUAGAGCCCACUGCCCUUUGUCCCUCCCUUCCCUGAUUUCCCCCACCCCUUCCCAGGAGAAAACCACUGAGGAAAAACCAUGUCUUUGGUACCAUGGGGCUUCCUUGAGGGAUGAGAAGACCUGAAACGGUGACAGUCUAUUCUUGGGUCUAACGUAGGGAGCAUUUGACGGAUGGUUUGGGUAAGGGAAAAAUUCCAUCAGAAAACAACUCUCUGUGUGUUUUUUUAAGGAACAUAUGUGUAGUUUUGGCAAAAAUGCCUUCUUAGAAGGACUGGAAUAAUUGGAACCAAUGAACUCCUAAGUCAUGUGAUUCAUCCCUCUGCCUUGUGGCCAUAUGUCAAUGAUUCUGAAAAAUGAAUUGCUCAGAAAGCACUUAUUGUGGGCCUACAUGAGCCAGGCCUGACUUGGCCUCAGAAAUAGGGGCUGGUGUGGAGGGGAAUGAAAAACAGCCUGUGAGGAGGCACGGUCUUUGGCCUCCUGUGUAAGUGUUCUUGGUGCUGGCCCCCUAGGACAUCCACACCUCCAGCCUCAGUCUUCUGCAACAGUGGCCCUGUCCCAGAGGGGUGGACAUUGGGUGCUUCCGCCUCCAGCAAAGGGCAUAGCUUUGGUGUCCCCAUAGGACCACGCUGCAUCUAAAUUGGGCACGGGGCAGUGCUUCUACCUUCUUGCCUCCCUUUCUGAAAGACCUUUCCACACAGAAACUCAGGGUAGAGAUGCCAAGAAUUCCCAGUCACUGGCUUUAAUCUAUUUGUGGCUUUGGUGUCAGCCUUUGCCACAGUGUCAGCCUUCUUUGCAAAUAACAGAAAGCAACUCCAACUGAGUAGGAAAUAUACCUCCGAUCACUAGGUGUGGUAGCCCUAGGCCAGGGACCAGGCCCAGGUCACUCCCUGGGUGCCUGGGUUUACACCUUGAGACAUGUACCACAGAUGCCCCCAACGCAGGCCACUGUCACUAGGACCACUGCCUCUGCUCUUCUGGGAGCCAAAUAUAGAGGCUGCCACCUGUCACAAGAGUGGAUUUCACACAGCUGCUAGCUGUCAAUUCAGUCUCUGGCAGGUGUGUUGCAUCAACUGUUGAGGGGGAAGGCAGAGGGGGAGCUUGGAAGCCAAGUAUCUAAGGGUUCCUCCUCUUUUUAUUUUAGAUGUGAAAUGGUGA